CCUCCCCCCACCCGGAAGAAUCGAGUGGAUUGCCUACAUCGAAUGAACAGUGUACACGGCAGAGAGAUCAGGACCACUCGGGAAACGUCAGAGAACGGUGGGUCCACAGAAUUAUAUGCCACAAACAGUGCGGAAAGAAUUACUAUCGUCAUCCAUGUCCCGUUCGUGGGAUCAAGAGUGUCUGAUUGGCAACAACCUUGCGUUGCUCAAUAGCGACACCGAUGACGACAUUGCGACACCUUUGUAUCUGUACGAAACCAUGGAACCGAACAUUCACCCCCGAACGGACCCACAAGCCAAAGCGAAUGCAUUGGACAACAAAGACGCAAGCAUUGGAUUCCUUGGUCACGCUAAUUUACCAGACUUGCCCACGGACGUGUUAGCCCUCGUUUUAUCGCAUUUGGAGUUACUCGAGAUUGCCGCCGUUAGUUUGGUCUCGCGUGCCACGUAUCAAGCUUGUCGCGACAGUGUCGUAUGGAAAGUACUGCUAGAGUUUCGCUGGAACGUGGGUCAAGGCCGUGUAUCGCCCGCUCUUUUGGAGGAGGACGAAAACUCUAGUCCUACUACACGGAGCAUGGACUAUUACCGAGCUUAUCAAAACGCUCAUCGAAAUCCACAUACGUUGUGGAUCAGACAUAGGAACAUUGUGUAUCCUGGAGAUGGUCUUACACCAGGACGGUGUUGUAUCGACAGUAGCUCUUGUCAAAAGCACGCUUCGGAGGCUGAUCGACCUAGACGACAAGGUAGUAAUAAUCGCUCCAAAAUUCGUCUUUGCCCACAUUGCCGAGCCAGACAAGAAGCGCAUGAAAGCCACCACGAUGAAAAGAUGGAUACCAUUGAAACGCCAGCGCAAGCCAUGGCAGCAGCAACACGACGAAUGCAUCAAAAGUUUCAGUCGUCAACAAUGUGGCCAUCUGUCGCGGCAGCGUCAGUACUUGUCGACGCCUCCAAAAGCGAAACUGAUGCUCAGGCUUUGAUGAAACAGCAACGCCGAAUGCAACAAAAAGCAUUUGCACAAGCCGCCACGUUUCAUCGAAAGCUCCGAACAACCCAGUUUGAAUCUUGCCAGCUUUCCUUUCUGACGGAUUUACUGUUCUUUAACCUUACCGACCCGGCGACUAGUGAAGGACAAUGGGAACUGGAUCAACUCCUCCGCGAAGCCCUUUCAACCACCUCACAAACCACCAAUAUUCCAAACCAACGGCAUCGUCGUCCUCAUCACCACUUAACCUCGCCACUACACGAAACAUCAAACCAUUCGUGGCAUGUGGUACAGUUGACCAAUUCCGACUUUUUCCGACCCAUAGCAUUCCAAGUGUAUAUAGCCCGACCAGAUUGCUUUACCUGUUAUCCUUCUGCGGGAUACUUGGAACCGGGGGAAUCGGUAUCAUGUGUGAUCGGCGUGCGGCCUCUCGGUAGCGCCUUAGCGUACGCAUUUGAAGGUCUAAACGUGGCUAGGGAAGGCUUGGAACCGGCUUGGGCAGAUUUGUAUACCGCACAGGCACACUUACCGCUAGCACCACUAAGCUUCAGAUAUCAAUUUGUCGCAACCGUGCCACAACGCUGGGUCUCACCGGCGCAUGAUGGUGAUAUCGAUAAUGAUCUAGCCGCGUAUCGCCGACAAGCAAACUCCCUGUACCCUUCUGAUCCUUAUGCUACUCCAACUGAACGGACACUGGAUCAUCAUGGUUGUAAAUCUUGGGAAGCCCACAAAGUACGGACUGUGGCACUUUCGGCACACGUGCAUGCUCACUAUAGCUUUCAAGAUUUUUUGUAUGCAACGGGCUUUCGCUCAUCUAGAUUUGUGAGCAUUACAAGGACUAACUUCGUUGCUCCUCAAUUGCAAGAAAGAUUUCCUGAGAUCUUCAAUCGAUUGGCAAACAGUGACGGUUCACAAAGACGAUCUUGGAAGGCCACUUCUUCUGAUCUUCUUGAUACGUUUUCCACUUUAGUGAGCAAGAAUACUGAGCGUCCCUGUUCUUUGUGUAAUCGUCCUUGGGGGUUACGGGCUGAGGAGUUGUACCACGCCUUGGUGCUCUCAAAGCUGACGAGCUCAUCGUAUCAGUUUCGACGAGACAUGCAGCUGAAGAAUCUACAGCGGUGUUUGCGUGUGUUAGCAACGAAUACCGCCAAGAAUUGUCUUAAUGUACGACUUUCUAAGCUGUUCGUUUCCCUAUUUACUAUUUUGCAAGCGUACAAAGCUUCGCCGUGGUUAAGUUUGAAACACAAGAAAGUUUUGAUCAUAUGGGAGAUAACUUUGGACAUCUUUUGCCGGCAAAUACCUGUGGGUGGUGCAAAUUGGGUGCCGUGGCGAUUUGCGGGUAUUUAUCGGCAUGCGUUGUGCACGGAGUCGGUACAUAGCGGACCCAAUCUCCUUGACGGCGCAAAUAAUUUCGAGAAGUCCGAAAUAAAGGAAGAGCCCGACUAUCUGGAUGCGUUUCGCCAUCUGGCACACUCUCCGGGAAGAUAUUGCCUUGGGCCACAAGAAGACCCGAACCAUCUCGACGAAGCCAUCGUCAUCAACUCAUCAAAAUAUGGCCGGCGUCAAAAGGGAAUGAUAACAGACAUGUUCAUGGACGAUCCCGUGUCUACAUUCCAAGCGGGAAUAUGUAUGAUCAAUGAUCCGCGGUCAUUACUUGUUCAUGGAAUUUUUGACCGAAUUCCAUAUCCCGGCUCUAUCGUACGAAGGCCGCAUUGGAUGCCUCUGGAAUUGUAUAUCGAGAGGAUAGAGUAUGACGAUCACGCCACUAACCUGAAUGUAUCAGCCGGAGCGCACUUACUUUCAUCCAAAGAAAGGACUGCCUACUUUCGCUUACAAAAUGGGAUGGACAUCAACAGCAUGGUCGGAGUCGACCCAUCGUUAAGACAGAUAGCAGCAGUUUCAAUUCUAUCACACCUUUCAAUGCAAAACUAUUUGCACAAUAUUCCACCUCCAGGCGUCGGACGGUUUCCGCUGUCGAAGAGGGCGUCCGUUGGUCAGAGAGCAACUACGGAAGGAGCUGCACUCGACAUUGAGCCCUUACUCUUUCAUGCAAACCAACAACAUUUGGAAGGCUCCUCCACGACAGUGAACACUACAACGGGGCAACAACAAGCUCUGCCCCAUGCGACUUUUGCAGUGCCGCGCCGCAAUCUCCCGCGUCCACCGAAUCCUAGGGGACCUCGUCUGGUCCAGUUACUUUGGAUUUUGGCUGCACAAAUGGGCCUGGCAGUCGUUGACACAUCCGGAGAUUCUUCGGUCUACGUCGACCGGAAAAUACUCAUUGCGACUCAGUGGAUUAGUAUUUCACUUAUGAUUGUUCCCCUGUUCUUGACGCUCUUUUCCCGAUUUUUACAGCUUAUUCCGACGCAACCCGUGGACUACAACCUAGAGAGUUUACCGUUCCACGUCACGAACAAAAUGCGGUUCUUGACAGAAUACGAAUGCGGACAGCUAGCUUUCGGCUUGAUACUGGCGUGGCUCGUACUCGGCCGAUGGGUUGAGCGAUAUACAAGUCGCGACUUUUUGCGCAUGAUCAUGAGCCCAGGGUCGAUCACUUCUCCGCAGCUCCAUCGACACCGCUGGAAAGUCUUUUCGGACUGGUUGGGGCUGACGCUUUCCAAGUGGUGGGAUGCGAUCUGUCCAGUCUUUUUACAAAGCCGGGCCUUUUCUCCUGAAUGGAAUCGCCGCUCUCGUAGUGGCAUGUUGCAGCACCUCUCCUAUUGGCGUAGUCGCAAUUUGGCAGAACAAAGAUCCUAUGCCCAUGCCAGUCAAAGGGCGGCUCUAUUUGGUCUCCAACAAAGUGGAUUGGAAGAUUUUGGCAAGGUGUCGCCAAGCGGCAAGAUCGCUUGGGGCAUUGGAGUCACUUUGGUGAGUUUCGCCUCGAGUUCGCCGCACUUUUGGUUGAACUUGGUCACCAUCUUUUCGUGUAGUCUAAGUUUGGGCAUGACAGUGUCCCUGUACGCCAUGGAACACGGCCGGGUGGCCGUGACGGUCGCGUCCGGGACCACAUCCGCAACCUCGUCGUUGUCGCAAAUACCCGUACUAACCGUGGUCAUGUUAGGAUUCCUCGUUGGGCAGUUGGUGGGUAGUUCCGGCGGGACGCUGUUCUUGGCCGAAUUCGUCGUGACGGCCGUCAGUCUGUUGCUGGGCGGCGCUGGCACGGUGUCCGCAAGCGCGAUGGAAAGUUGGAUUUGUUUUUUGUGUUUGGCGAGUACGGCUUUUGGUGGCUAUCUAUUGGGUCGCGUUGCCCUCAUGGACAACAUUCGCAACAAACAGAGCGGAUACUCUUCCAUGCUCUUGUCCAAAGCGAUACUACUCUUGGUGGUGUUUUGGGUCCUGAUUUUGUUCGUCGCGCGUUGGGACGUUCCGGUGAGUUUGGUAAUUGUCCGACCGCGCUUACGGACCGACGACAAUGUCGCGGUCUCCCGUGCCCAAAUAGCCAAGCAUUUGCAAUAG